CCAAUUUGACAAGAAUCCAUCCUCUCAGAAUCUCAGGCCAAACUUUUGAAGUUUCAAUCCCUUUAACCUUGAAAAAAGAGCAACAUGGGCAGUUUGGAAGCAGAAAGAAAUACAGUGGGGUAUGCUGCAAGAGACCCUUCAGGGAUUCUGUCCCCCUAUACUUACACUCUCAGAAACACAGGGCCUGGGGAUGUUUAUUUGAAGGUAAUGUGCUGUGGGAUUUGCCACACUGAUAUUCACCAGAUCAAGAAUGACCUUGGCAUGUCCAAUUACCCCAUGGUUCCUGGUCAUGAAGUGGUUGGUGAGGUGGUUGAGGUUGGAUCAGAUGUGACCAAAUUCCGGGCUGGUGAUGUGGUCGGAGUUGGCUGCAUCGUCGGGUGCUGUGGCAGCUGUCGCCCGUGCAAGGCUGACAUCGAGCAAUACUGCAACAAGAAGAUUUGGUCGUAUAACGACGUUUACACUGAUGGAAAGCCAACUCAAGGGGGUUUUGCUAAUGCUAUGGUUGUUGAUCAGAAGUUUGUGGUCAAAAUCCCCGAUGGUAUGGCACCGGAGCAGGCUGCACCGUUGCUAUGUGCAGGGGUGACCGUGUACAGUCCCCUCAACCAUUUUGGGCUGAAACAGAGCGGCCUACGAGGCGGCAUCUUGGGGCUUGGAGGGGUCGGACAUAUGGGAGUGAAGAUCGCAAAGGCCAUGGGCCAUCAUGUUACGGUUAUCAGCUCCUCGGAUAAGAAGAGGGCAGAGGCGUUGGAUCACCUUGGCGCUGAUGAGUACUUGGUGAGCUCGGAUGCUGCUCGGAUGCAAGAGGCUGCUGACUCGCUGGACUACAUAAUCGACACGAUCCCCGUGAACCAUCCCUUGGAGCCUUACCUCUCUCUGUUGAAAAUUGAUGGAAAACUGAUCUUGAUGGGAGUUAUUAAUACUCCUUUGCAAUUUAUCAGCCCAAUGGUCAUGCUUGGGAGGAAAAGUAUCACGGGAAGCUUCAUCGGUAGCAUGAAUGAGCUAGAGGAAAUGCUGGAGUUUUGCAAGGAUAAGGACCUUUCUUCCACAAUUGAGAUAGUGAAGAUGGAUUACAUUAAUACUGCCUUUGAGAGGCUCGAAAAGAACGAUGUCCGAUACAGGUUCGUGGUCGAUGUUGCAGGAAGCAAACUUGAGCAGUGAAGGCAAAUCACAUUGUUAUUGUUUCACUUGUUUCUUUUAUCAUGUAUUGACUGUGUUUUGGAUUGGAAACCAAUGGAGAUAUACCCCUAUCUAUAUAUAUGUGGUUUUGAGUUAUUUCAUGAAAAGUUGUUGUCUUCUGUCAUCUUGGGAUUUAUCACACUUGAAGUAUUUAAUAUUUUGUGUAGGAGAGGAGUUGGUGUGAUUGUGAUAGUCUCAAUGGACAUACAUAUGAUAAAUAUAUAAUAUUGAAAUUUGAGAA